AAAUGUACUAGUCUUUCAGUAAAAAUUUAUAGUCUAAAAAAGAUUUCAUAAUUUCGCUCCCCCAACGUUAGCUCCGAAGUCCAUGGCGCGAAGUUCCAUCAGUUCAGCUGAUGAAGAAGGUUAUUCGGGGCCACCCUCUGAAGAAAAUGAGGAUUUCCAGCCUCAAGCUUCCCAUCACCACCCUUAUGCGCCAUCCCACGAGGUAUUUGACAUUUCAACGACUGUAGAUCCUAGUUAUCUAAUAUCCUUGAUAAGAAAACUCCUGCCACCAGAAUACAGCAACCAGUCUCUAGAUAGUGAAGUUCAUGUUUCCCCUAGCAAAGGGCCUAGAACUGAAAAUGGUGAAAGAACAAUGGUGUCUCCAUUUAAUGGUGGAGAAGUUCAACCAUGUGCUGGCAGUGAAAAUGCAGUUAGGAACAUUUGUGAAAAUUUUAGUGAAGCACAUAAUCCACCAGGAUUUACGGAAGAUGCGAUGGAAGAUCAACAGAAGCAUUGGUCUGCUGCAGGGGAAGAAGCUGCUUGGGAAGAGCAUGGAUGCACUUUAUGGGAUCUUGCGGCUAAUGAGACUCAUGCUGAACUAAUGGUUCAAAAUCUCAUUCUUGAAGUGCUUCUGGCUAACCUAAUGGUUUCUCAAUCUGCUCGAAUCACUGAGAUAAGCCUCGGAAUAAUUGGAAAUCUGGCUUGCCAUGAAGUUUCACGGAAACACAUAGCCUCGACAAAUGGGUUGAUAAAGACAAUUGUGGAUCAGUUGUUUCUGGAUGAUGCUCAAUGCCUCUGUGAAGCACUCCGGGUAAUAACGUUAUGUUUUCAAAGUGGUGAAGGUGUUGUUUGGACAGAAGCAUUAACACCUGAGCAUAUUCUAUCCCGUAUUUUGUGGAUUGCUGAGAACACCUUGAAUCUGCCGCUCAUAGAAAAGAGUGUUGGUUUACUUUCAGCAAUAUUACGAAGCGAACAGGAGAUAGCUAGGGUUCUUCUACCGCCUUUGAUGAAGUUGGGUCUUCCAAAUCUUCUGAUUAACCUUUUUGCUUUUGAAAUGAGCAAGCUGACAGAAGAGCGAAUGCCUGAAAGGUACCCCGUUCUGGACAUAAUUCUCCAGGCACUUGAAGCUCUUUCUGCUGCUGAUGAUUUUUCAUCAUACAUAUGUUCCAAUAGGGAACUCUUCAAGCUACUCAAUGACCUGAUCAAGCUUCCUGAUAAAACCGAGGUUGCCAGUUCUUGCGUAACUGCAGCAGUUUUGGUUGCAAAUAUCCUGCCUGAAGUAGAACAUCUUGCUAGUGAAAUAUCACAAGAUUUUUGUUUUUCACAGGGCAUAUUCGAUAUAAUCCCUUUUGCUUAUGAUGACAUAGAAGCAAAAGGUGCACUUUGGAGCAUUCUUGAAAGACUAUUGAUUUGUAUAGAAGUUAGUGAGUGUAACCCGUCAAGUAUGCAUCAGUAUAUCUCGAUACUUGUGAGCAAAUCGGAUGUGAUUGAAGAGGAAUUCGUAGACCUUCAAUUAGCUGAUGCAAGUGAGGAAGGCAAGAGCUUUACUGAUGGCACAUAUCGAAGAACUAGAACCAGAACUCUCAGAAGAAUUUUUGAUAUUCUGAAGCAAUGGGAAUUCUUGAAAGCUCAACUCAAGGAUGCUCCUUUAUCAGAGAUGUAUAAAUAUCUGACUUUUGCAUCUCUUGGGGGUAAAAGAGAAGGAAUCGACAUAAAGAAAGGGACCAGGAAUGCUAUUUAACCAGAGAACUACUUUUAACGAUAAGUUGAAGGUAGAUG